ACUUUUCCUCAGCUCGAGCUCGCUCUAGCUAAAUAAUAUUAGUUAGCUAACAUUUUCCAACAUGUUUCUAACGUAUCCGUCGUUUAAAUUGUCUUUUUAGUUCACUGACAAAAUUAGAUUGGCAUUUAAAAGUUGUUAAAGUGUUUUCAGGUUAAUUUUAAUUAAAGUUGUAGACGCCCUGCUCCUUACAUUGCGGUUGUGUGUUGGCUGUCAAUCAAGCCGGCAGUUGCAGCUGUUGCCAGUUUAGUCCGUGUGGUUCCCAGCAGACCAGGCAAGCACAUUACUCGGGAAUUACUCUUACCAGUUCAUCUGAUUUCAAAGGCGUUUACUCUGCUAAAUCAGUGUGAGAGUAGUGAGGCACGUCAGGUUAGUGUUUGUUUUCGGUCUCUCUCAUCACUGGAGCAUGCCGGUGUUCGUGGAAGAUCCCGCUAAGUUCUCCAAGUCCAGACUGAAGUCGGACCUGGUCGCCCACAACGUCUCGCUGCCAUCCGCGGAGAGUAAAAAAGAGGUUUACGUGCAGUUGUACCUGAAACACGUGAAUCAGAAAAAUGCUGCCGAUUUCUCCAGCGACGAGGAGGAUCAUGAACAAGAUGCCAUCGACAAAGAAGAGCAUGCCAAGGAUCCACAGAUGUUGGACCUCGCUGAUCUGACUGAUGAUGACUUGAAGGCCAUGCUGCUCAAACAUGGGGUUAAAGCUGGACCCAUUGUUGGUUCCACCAGGGCUCUGUAUGAGAGGAAACUUAAGAAACUACUUGAGCCUGAUGCCCAGCACAAACCAAAUGGGACAGGGGAUGGUGCCCUCUACUCUGACAGUGAAGAAGAGGAGGAGGACAGGGAAGAAGAAGAGGAGGAGGAGUUGGAUUCAGAACAAGUAAGACAAGAAAGAGCUGCACAGUUGGAAGAGGCCCAGCAAGAAAUCAGCCAGGCAGAGUUGUGUUUGCAGAAUGGUGAUUAUGUUUACCCCCAGUGCUUUUUAAUGUCCUCAAGACUGCGUGCCUGUGCCUCUAGACACUGGGAACCAAGGCCCAAGAGGAAUGCAGGGAAUGUGGUAGAGUUGUCAUCAGAGUGGAGUCGGUCUCAGUGCUCACAAAUUCCCAUUGAGCUUAGUCGAACAUCCUCUCUAGAUGAACCCACAGGAUUAGGAUCAAGGGUUCCACCUGUGUCUCAGUCAGACAUCAUCCAUGUUCCCACCUCAUCCUCCUCCCGGACCUUCAGCAUCACUCAGAUGGUUGAAGAGAUGGAGAGCCAGAGCUUGCUCUCUUCUAGUACAGACAGGGAGAGAGAAUUGAAUGGGAGCAUUGUGGAGGAACAUUGGUCACGGGCCAACAGGCUGGACAUGCUGAAGAGGGACAAGUGUACCAUGAAGAACCAAUCCCUGUACUAUACUCCUAAGGCUUCCCCGUAUGAACUGGCAGUGAAGCUUACUCAGGAGCCAGUGACAGAUAUUCCCCAGGAGAUACUUCCAGAUUCUGAGCCCACACCCACAGGCAUCCAUGUUACCCGUCGGAGGCCUAUCAAGGGUGCAGCAGGGAGACCUAUCCAGUACAAAUACCCAGACACUCCUGUGAGUCCAAUGACCCGGGAGAGACAGGAGGUGGAGCGCCGCCUUGUACCCAUCUAUAUCCAGAUUUUAGUCUUCCUCAUUGUGGCAUGCCUCCUCUACCUCAUUUAUGCCUAUGUGGAGGACAACUCAUUCAAUCCAUUUGUGGCGUUGCUGGACAGUCUGAACCAGGAGUCAGGCAGCGAGGAGGGGCACUUGCUUCAGGCUGAGACACAGGACACACCAGUGCUGGACACUCUCACUGGACAGGAGUAACUCUAGUUAAUAUUAUCUCUCUACAUUGGCAUACAGUUGAGAGGUAAUUGAAAAUUGAUUCAAAUUUGUUAAAGCUUUUACCAAGCCAGGAUGAUGACCUUAUAUGUGGGGGGGUUCAGGGAAACCUGUGUUGAUUGUGUUAUGUGUCUGAGGGAGCACACCAGAAAAUUCACCUUAACAUUUUCAUAACUUCUGUAUGUGUUAGAAACACACACCUGUUCACAAGAUGCAGUCAAGCCUUGACAGAAUUUCAAUUUCAUAAGAUUUUCUAAAAUUUAUUAUUAAAAAAAUAUCCAUGCUGUUUUUCUAUUUCUAAAUCCACAUUGUCAGGAGUGAUGGUGCCAUUUCAACACUGUAUAUAUUUGUAUUGUCUUUUUUGGUUUUGUUUUUUAAUGUUUGGACCAUGUUUCAAUAAAGGAUAUGUUGCUUCGUA